GGUGGUGGUGGCGGCCGCGGCGGUGGUGGCGAUGUUUUUGUCGAAGCUGGUCGUCUUGCUGCCGAGUAUUUGGUUUCUCAGGGGCUGCUGCCGUCUAAUGUGCUCUCUUUGAAGUGGCACAAUCAAAAUGGUGGUGUUGGUGGUGGUUUUAAGAAGUAUGGUGGCGGUGUUGGGGAAAUUCCGGCUGAAGGAGGCCGUACAUCGGCGCUUUCCCGGCUGGGAAAUGCGGUUGCAGCUGUGGAUGGACCCUCUGGGAGGAGGAAAUUGGGUUUUGAAGAGUUUGGGCAAAAGGGUAGGAGGAGGGGAAGUUUCAGGAGCUAUGGAAUGGAUUGGGGCAGAGAAUAUAGAAGGAAUGGGUCAUGGUCUGAUAGAUUUAGAGGUGGACCUGACAUCAAGGAUGAUGAUGAUGACGAUGACGGUGUUAGUGGUGGUGGUGGUAUUGGACAACAAGAUGAGGAGCAGCACCCGCAACAGCAAGUCAGUGUUGAUAAUGUUUUGCAGAAAUCAAAUUCGAAUGAAUUUGUGCAAAGAAGUGAGGAUGGUGAUGAUUUAGAUGCGGAGACAGAUAAGGAUUGGGUGUCUGGUGAAUUGUUGGACUUAAAACAGAAAUCGUCUGGUGCUGGAAAAGAUACAUAUAAUGUAGAUAUGGAAUUUGGCAAGAGCUCCAAUGAUUCGGAGAAUAUUAGUGUGGGAGUUAAGGAGGGGAAGGACAACGCUGGCGAUGAUGAUAAUGAGAAAUCAAUUAUCUCGAAGAAUUUGUCUAUCCAGUCCAGUGAUCAGGAGAAUAAUAGCUCUAGCAGGGUUUUCGCUGAUUUAGUUUCGCUGUGCAAAUCUGUUAAGGUGCCUACCAAGACACGCUCUUUGCUGGCACGCAAGAAUUUGAAGGCUCCUCCACAUCAGAACAAUGGAGACAAAAAUACUCAUGAUAUUGGGGAUCUUCAAGGACCUGAAGUCUUAGCUGAAAAUGAGUCUGUUAAAUGCCCCUCAACCUCAGUUGAUUUGCUAUCUGACAAAAAUUAUGAUUUAGAACAUCUUGACUCAGACAUUGCCAAGGUAGAACCUGUCCAUGCUGUUGAGAAUAUGAAAGAAUUAGAUACUGCAUGUAAUGUUGAGGAAGUUCAAUCUAUUGUAUCUCAAUCUGGUCAAGAUACAGGUUAUAUGCAUGAUAACAACCAAGAUUCUAGUGCUGCAUUACCACAGUAUGGAAGCUGCAGUUCUAUAGCUGAAGAAAGGGGUGAAAAACGUGUGGCAGAAGCUAAUGAUCUGAGGGAGGAAACCAAAAGACUCAGAGAGUGGCGGCCCUCCCUUGUCCCAAAGGCUGAUGGGUACUUUCUGCAUAACAAUCCAAUCGAAGUGAAAGAGAGCCCAGGGGAAGAUGAAAUUUCAUGUAUUGACAAAGUUGCUAUGACUUCUGAUCAGGGCAGCCUAAUGAGUAGUUCUCAGUUCACAGAAGGUGGAGAUAGACCGUUUCUUCAAUGUUCAGAGGAGAAGCCAUCAUUGCCGAGUUCGUUUAGAACUUGUGAUCUGAAUCUCAUUGAAGCAUCUGAAGUCCAUGAAAAUCAUGUUGAUCAUCAAGUUCUUAGUUUUCCCCUCCCUGUUUCUGAAACAAAGAAAGCUAUACCAGUUGAUAUAGAUCUGACCAUGAGUCGCGCUAGUGUAUCAAGCAAAUUCAGUACUUGUGCAACAAGUGGCAAAGAGAUUGAAGUAAUUGAUCUAGAAAACGAUUCCACUCAAGAAGAAAAGUCAAUCGACAAUAUUGAGAGAAAGACAGAGACUAUGUUUCCAGGCCUUGAAGGUUUUUCCAACCAUGCUCAAAAUGCUGCUGAUAUACAUGAUGUUCAGGAUGGAUAUGGGCUAAUGAUUUCAGAGUUGCUUGGGACAGAUUUCCCAAACUGUUCUUCCGUACCCGCCGAUAUAAAUUCUGUGCACAAUGAAAUGGGCCUUCAUAAUGGAACGGGGACACUUGCUGAGGAUGAUUCCAUAUAUAUGUCGCUCGGAGAAUUAAGUAUGCCAGAUUCGUGUAAGUUGGUUUUCAAUGCUACAAUUAUGGGGUGA